UCCGAACAUGACGACAGAAUUGUCAUGGUGAAUAACUUGUGGAGGAGUUGAACAGGUGUUCGUGCGUUUCUCUUUAAAUGUGCUGCUGUAAAGAUCACACGCGUGCACGAGACGUAAUCGAACGUUUCCCACGGCGUGUGUGCUUCUCGUGCAGGAUUGUGUUCAGUGAUGCGCCUGAGCAGCAGCAGCAGCAGCAGCAGCAGCAGCAGCAUCAGUCCGUGUGGUCUCAGGGGGAUCAGACAUGAGUGUCCUCACUGAGCCCCAGCCUCCCGCUUCUCUUCAUCCAUGGUGCAGCUCCAGCUCUGGUUCUACUUGCGCUUCGACUGUCGGCGGCAGCAGCGGCUGAUCCCUUCACCAACACACACGCGCACGCACGCUAACUUUUGCAGAUGCACAGCUGUAGAACAGAGGAAACCUGUCUCCUCGGACACGCGGAUGGUCCUUCACUUCCUGCUCUUGUGAUGAUCAGCUCCUGUCCUCGUGUGUCCACAAGUACAGUGUGAAGAAUGUAGAGCCAGAGGCGGCCUCAUGAUGGAGUGUUCCUGGAAGACACUGCUGCUGCUGCUGUGUGCAUCUCUGGCCGUCCAGUUCACGGCCAUUCGUACCCUGAGGGACUCACUGUCUGGACCCUGUCAGGGAGGCUACAGGUGCCAGAGCAGGCAUCACAGAGACUUAAGGUGGAGAACCUUGUGCGAUGACAGCUGGUUUCCUGUGGAGCCACCCAGGAAGCAUAUCCUACUUUUUGCUACGACUCGCAGUGGCUCCUCCUUCACUGGGCAGCUGUUCAACCAGCACUCAGGAUUUUUUUAUGUGUUUGGGCCUCUUUACCGCGUCCAGCAGGCUUUCACUAACUCGAGCAGCAGGCUGCGUCGCACCUUAGACCGACGGGCGCUUCUGGGAGCUUACAGAGAUCUUCUCCUCAACCUCUACACCUGUGAUUUCCACUUUUUGGAGAAUUACAUUCGCCCUGAGCCACAGGACCACGUCACAAGUGCUUUCUUUCGCCGCAGCUCCAGCCAUGCCCUCUGUUCCCCUCCUGUGUGCUCAGAAGAAGGGAAUUCACCGCCCUCUGAUGUACCUGAUGAACUCUGGUGUCCUAAGAAGUGCGGGGCACUAAACCUUACUUUAGCCUCAAUGUCAUGUGUGUCUAGAGGCCAUGUGGCCAUAAAGACGGUGCGAGUCCCUGAGGUGGGGGACCUCAGGACCCUGACUGAAGAUCCACGACUGGACCUUAAGAUUAUCCACCUAGUCAGGGACCCUAGAGCCAUCCUCGCCUCACGCAUGAUGGCAUUCCCCGAUCAGUUUCGUGCAUGGAAGUUCUGGAACGCAACGGGCCGCCAGCCUCGCUAUGUUGACCUGUCACAAAUCACCAGCACCUGUAAGGACAUGGCCGCCUCUGCAAAUACGGGUCUGCAAAGACCUGUGUGGCUUAGAGGUCGCUACUUACUGGUGCGGUACGAGGACCUGGCGUUAAAAACAAGAGAAAAGGCCUCAGAAAUCUACAGCUUUGUGGGGUUGAAGAUGGAGGACCGAGUGCAGACUUGGAUCGCAAAGAACACUAACGCUAACAUUUCGUCUCCAUCAGAGUGGAACUACAUGUACACCACCACCAGAGAUUCGAGAGCGACAGCAGAGAGCUGGAGGCUGCGGCUCAGCUUUGACAUUGUGAGGACAGUGCAAAAUCUGUGUAAUGACACUCUGGCCCUGCUGGGGUACAAGAAGGUGGAUUCUUCAGACGAGCUCAGAGACCUGUCUAAAAGUUUGGUAGAGCACAGAACAUUUCAUCCUGUCACAUGAUGCUGUACAUUUGUCUGAUUCAUAGAUGUUUGUAUUGAUGUAUGUGUUUGUAUUUGUGUGUUUAAAACUAUUUUGCAGAAUCAAAGCAUUGUGUGUUGUUUAUCUUCAUUUUUUUUUUUGGCUUUUUAGGUGGUUUUGACAUACACAGUAUGGUGAAAUGUAUUUUUCCUUUCGCGUCAAUACUGUGAUCAUUCUGAUACACUCUUUAUAUAACAUUUUAGUUGAGCGUUUGAAAUGGAAUUUUGUGAAAUCAUUACUAUAACUUGGUUUUCAAAUAAAGAGACAAAUUGUUGAUGCUCAA